ACUGAAACCUGGCAGUUUUAUUAGUUUUGGAAAGUAAACAAAAUUUUCUCUAGAUUAUUAUUACUGUCGGCGUUUGUAAGUGUUAUCCCCUUUUGAAACAUAAAUUAACUUGUAAAAGUCUUUUACUUGGUGGCUUAUUAAUAUUAAAGUGCAACAGAAUAUCAGAUAAUAUAAAGGCUAAAUUACACAUUGCUUAGAGCGUAAUCUCCCCCCCCCCCCAAAAAAAAAUAUUAUUAAUAGUAGUAAUAAAAAAAAUAGUAGUAGUAGUAUUAUUUCAGUGUUACUAGUAUUACUAUUAACUAUUAGUUAGUAUUACUUUUUUUUAGUAUUUGUAAAGUAAAAGGUGUGUAUAUUAUUUCUGGUCGAAUUUCGUAUUUUCGCUUGUAAAAUUAUGGGAAUUUUUUUAUAAAAGUAUAUUUUAGAGUAAAAUACCAUCAUUGGAAUAACAACAAACAAAAUUUUAACAAAUUUUACUAGAUAAAAAUAGUACAUUUUUAUGGAUCUUUUGUCUUUUACGGAGCCAUUGUGGUAAAGCAAGGAUAAAUCUUCUGUCUUUAAAGAUAUGUUAAAAAUGUUGCCCUAUUGCCUAUUGGAUUUAUCUUGUUGUAUUUAUUUUAUAACUUAAAUAUCAAAUAUAACUGGAGUUAUAGGGAAUUCUCAUACUUGACAUGCGUAGGCCAUUUUACAAGCCACAUUGCAAUUGUUACAUUUCAUUUUGUUCUUCAAAGGGGAGCGCCUUGAGAGAAAUUCCAAAGUUGUAUUAACGUUAUUUGUUGCCUCACAAAGUGCGCGUAUAAACGAAACGCUGCAUCAUUUAAAAUUUCCGUUGGAUCAACAAUUUGAAUUAUUGUUUCUUGGUCUUCCUGCCAUUUUGAACAAAGUUAUCCCACUACCAGCAAUACCGCAAAACGAGUCCAUCUUAUUAUACAUAAUCACCAGCCCUCACCCUCAUUUUCAUUUUACUCAGCGCAAAUCAGUCAACAUAAGCGCAUUCGCAUAGAAAAAAAGGGGAGGGGUGCUCAAAUUAGAGCUGACCAAUUACAGACAACCUAUUUGCAGCCAUCAGUAUGAGAUGAAUAUCAAUAAAUGACCCCAGCUAUCAUGCCGAUUUAGUUUAGUAUACUAACUUAUAGGUGAUUAAAAAUCUGGCCAGAGGGUGAAAAAAAAACAAAAAACAAAUGGGGCUAUGUUACUUUGGUUGGGUGAUGCUUAAAGACGCUUUAGAAAUCAAAUAAAAAGGAAAAAAGCGCUAUAUAAUUCAGUAUUUGUUAACUAUAACUUGGUAAAAAGGGGAGAGACUGCAAUCAGGUUAGCACAAUAUAAAAUGAGUAAAAGUAGGGUUAAACCUGAAAAAAGGAACGCAACAAAACAACGAUCGUGUCGGCAGAAAGCCUUCGUCAGCGAACAAAACAAAAAAAAAAACGGAAUAAAAAUAAAAAAUAGCACUUAGCUUAGAUGUAGUAUCUGUGGGCAGCACGAAGGCUUUCUGCCGGCACGAUCAUUGUUUUAUUGCGUUCCUUUUUUUUUUCAGGUUUAACCCUAUUUUGUUUUACUCAUUUUAUAUUUAACUAUAACUGCCUGUAUUUAAUUAAUAAAGAAUACACAUAAGUUUACACGAGAAAAUACGAAAUGCGAUAUAAUAUAUGCACCUGAACUGCACUUUUACCGUAGUAUUAAUAGUCUAUAGACUCUAUAGUAGUGAAAUUUAAUAUAGAUUAGAAAAUUUGAGUCAAAAGGGAGAAUGAGAAUGUCUCUACAUCACACUAGACCAGUCUAGUCACUAUUUUAUAUUAGACUGCACCAUAAGUAAAAGUAUACAAAGUAGUACGGUAUAAAAUUGGGAUUGACUGAAAUGUCCAUUGAUUAAGAAUGAAUAAUAUGAAAAAGUUGACUUAUUAUCACUAACUGAAUAGAUUUAAUAUUAAUAGAGUAAGUCAGAUGAGGCUUUUCAAAAUUUGUGCUAUUUUUUAAAGACAAUUGUCUAAUUGUAACGAUUGAAUUUGACUAUAUCCAGUUGUUAGUACUUAUUAGAAGUCUAUUGAAUCUAAUUAAUAAUUAUUAAGUAGACCCAAUUACUUAACUGUGAUUAACAUUAUUUUAAUUAUACUGUAUAUAUAAUAGAUUCUUUUACCAAUGCUGUAAAAAUUCUAAUCUCAAAAAUUUGGAACAUUAUUCCAGCUUGCCACUAGGUUUAAUAUAAUAACCUUGCCUCAUUUAACAUUAAAAUUAGGCCUAAUGACAUGAGAUAUCCAAUAUAACAGAUUUUGAAUUUGUUAGCUACAAAUAUUUGUAGACAAUCUAAUUAAUGCAACAUUAACAUUUUCUUGUAAUUGGCUAUUGACAGCCAUUGACAGCAUUGUUUUUUUUUUUUUAAACUCAGAUAUGCUUAAACAGAUUGUAACAAAUUUAGGAAAUAGUUGAGUCCAACAGACGGAUAUAGUUGGCAAAUUGUUUGCUUGUUCUUAUGCCAUUGCAUUGAACCCACUUGUAACUAACACAAAUUAUUUGGUGAAACAAUGCACACAUUUGAAUUUUGCCCUUAGAACAUGGGACAUGGUCUUUUUUGUUUUUGUUUGUUGUUUUAAAAUUAGAAUACUGGUAUCAUUUUAAUUUUAUAACUCAGGGAAUUAUGCUAAACAUUAAUAGCUGUUAAAAAUGUGGCUGUAGAACUAAUUAACAAUUAUGAUAACAUCAUAUAAUUAAGCCUACAUUUUUAACUGUCUAGUAAUUAGUUGUAUCAAUGAUAACAGUAACUCAUUAAAAUUUUGUCUAACACUACUGUUAUUUAUGUUGACUAAAAUGAAAAAUAACAUUAAAAGAUUUAUUAUUUUCUUUUCGUACAAUUUAGAAUUGCUAUAAUGGCUGAUGAAGAAGCAAGUCGAACAGAUUCACAUCACAGCAGUUCUCCUGCAACUCCCAGCAUUAGUAAUCCAGGCACUCCACGAUCUGAGGUUUCUCAGGACAUACGUGCCACCCCACCAUUAGCCAGAGCAACUCCUCCAUUAGCUAGAGCCACACCACCUCUUGCAAGGGCAACACCUCCUUUAACACAAGGCCAACCUCAGCACCCUCACGGUCAACAAGUUCCUCCAGCAAGAACUGUUACUCAGGCUCCCCCAGCCCCAUCUCCGCUUGCACAAAUGCAUCAUCAUCAAAGUAAAUACGCUUCACUCCUUGCCGUUAUAGAAGAUAUGGGUCGAGACAUUAGGCCAACUUAUGCUGGCAACAGAAGCUCAACAGAGAGAUUGAAACGCAGUAUAGUACAUGCCAGGAUUCUUGUACGAGAGUGUUUGAUGGAAUGUGAACGAAGUGCUCGAACAUAGUGUUUAUAAGAUAACAUUACAGGGUAUUGAAAACAAGUUUCAAUUGAAGUUUAAGCUCAUUCAGUUACAAAAAUUCAUUAAAAAAAUUAUUCAUACAACAGACAUAUUUUUGUUUGCAUUUUGCAUUGUUUUUAAUAUAUAAUUAAUACUCAAGCUGUCACUGAUGCACUGUCAUAAUUAUUUUUUCUUUAUGGUGAGCAGUGCUAUCACACAUGAAAGAAAUUCUCAUCAGAAAGCAACAUUUGAUUAUAUAUAUAGUAUACAUAUAUAAAUAUGUAAAAGCACCACUUUGUAUUAAGUAAAAUAUAAUGAAGAAGCAGAAACUGUAAAUGUGGUUUUAAUUGUUUGUCUUUAUUAUGUUCUUCCAUUGCCAUAGAUGUAAUGAAUGGUCAUAAAAUGAGCAAGUAGAUAUAAGCACAUAUUUAUCAUCAUCAUGUCUGCACUUUCCUGUUUUAUUUAGUCUGCACCAGUCAGCACCAUAAGCCAAAUUGUGAUCUUUGUAACUGGCAACUACAGGUAAGGUGUUGUUGCCUGAAAAAGGGUGUAAAAAUCUAAUUUGAUGAAAAAUCUGUGUGUUAGCAGAUGAAACAACUAAUUUAAGUACAGUACUUUUAUUAAAACAUUUGUUAUGUGUAUUAGUUACCGGUACAUAAUAAAAAAAGAAACCGUAUCAACAAUAAAAAAUUAACAAAUCUAAUUCACUGCAGUAGCAAAAAAAAUGUAACAAACCUAAUUCACUGCAAUCAAUUAUGUGGGCUCCAUUGUACAUGGUUGCUGUAAGUAUGUUUCUGCCAUUCUGGGGGUCCCACUUGAUGCGCCAUAUGCCCCCACCUAGAAAAACACUAUUCAGUGUUUGCUUGAAGUUUCUAUUAUCCCAUAUUAUAAGCUCUUCGUCAUAGCUGAAAAAUAAAACAAGAGAGAAUGUUUGUCAAAUGUGGCUCUACUUUUAGAAUGUCACAUGUUUUAGAGCGAUCCUCAUCUUUAAAGCACAAUAGUUAUCUGAUCUGUUCGUGAUACUGAUGCAAUUUGCAGUUGUGCGAAUCCAACAAGAUGAACAAAAUUUGUGUUUUAAUUGUUGCCUACCUUCCUGUUGCAAGCAAGUGAACAAUGAUGUGUUUGAAUUCAUGCCUACCUUCCUGUUGCAAGCAAGUGAACAAUGAUGUGUUUGAAUUGAUGCCUACCUUCCUGUUGCAAGCAAGUGAACAAUGGUGUGUUUGAAUUCAUGCCUACCUUUCUGUUGCAAGCAAGUGAACAAUGGUGUGUUUGAAUUCAUGCCUACCUUCCUGUUGCAAGCAAGUGAACAAUGGUGUGUUUGAAUUCAUGCCUACCUUCCUGUUGCAAGCAAGUGAACAAUGGUGUGUUUGCAUUGAUGCCUACCUUCCUGUUGCAAGCAAGUGAACAAUGGUGUGUUUGAAUUCAUGCCUACCUUCCUGUUGCAAGCAAGUGAACAAUGGUGUGUUUGAAUUCAUGCCUACCUUUCUGUUGCAAGCAAGUGAACAAUGGUGUGUUUGAAUUCAUGCCUACCUUCCUGUUGCAAGCAAGUGAACAAUGAUGUGUUUGCAUUGAUGCCUACCUUCCUGUUGCAAGCAAGUGCUGAUUGAAAGGAUGACUCUGGAUGCUACAAACUCCCAUUUUAUGCCUGUUAAAAAGCAUAUCAAUCAUUUUCAAAGAAGGAUUUUUACUGACAUUUUUAUUGACAUAUAAACAGACAUAUCUUGUCUAGAAUUUGUCUGUGUGUCAAUUAUGAAAUUUUAUUUUAUUUAUUUAGUAACCUAUCUUACUGUCAAUAAUGACUCUAGAGUAAAUA